GGUCACUGGAUUAGAAUUACAGAGCCAAUUGGAGGCAAACUCUCCUAUAAACCUCCGGUUAAUGACAUAAAUGCCCCUGAUUUGUACAUUCCAUUUAUGGCAUUUGCUACCUACUUAGUUCUUGCCGGCAUCUCAUUAGGUCUUUCACGAAAGUUUAGUCCGGAGGCCUUGAAUUGGGAAUUUGUUAAAGGAAUGGUGCGCUGGUUUCUCCAAGUGAUGCUGCUCAAGAUAUCAUUGCUUUCACUAGGGGGAGGAGAGGCCCCAUUGCUUGACAUGAUUGCAUAUGCUGGAUAUUCUUUCACUGGGAUAUGCGUGGCCAUGGUGGCGCGGUCACUAAACUAUCGAUAUUACUUUAUGGUUUUGUGGAUAUGUUUGUGCAUGGGCACCUUCUUGUUGAAGACAAUGAAUAGAACUCUGUUUGCAGAGAUAAGAAGUUAUGAUUCAAGCAAGCACCACUAUCUCUUGCUCUCCAUUGCUGUAGCCCAGUUUCCUUUUAUCUUCUGGCUCAGCAACCCUACUAGAAAUAGGUUUUUCUGAAGCAACUCAUCAAGGUU